AUGGCUGCUGCUUACUGUAUGCGAGACCCAAUUUCAUGGUUUGAACCAGUUUGGAUUUCCGUUCACAACUUUGAAUACAAGUACGGAAGUUAUUCUUCUUCACCAAUGAACGGAGCUGGCUCAGUUGGUCACCGAUGGAAUUCUCUGAGCCCGGAGCCCCACUCGGGAACCGAAUCUACUGCUAGUACUCCUUUUGUGAAAGUAAACAACGUAAACAAGCAACAUCCGAUGGAUAUGUGUCACGUUCCAGUUCCACCUCUUGAAUACAACCGAAGAUUUGCAAAGGACGCUGAUGGCACCUCAUUUGUAAAAAAUGAGAUUGAAGAAAACAUCCUCAAUUUCAAUGUCAACCCGGAGAUUGCGCAAGACAACGGUCUGGACACCCAACAGAUGGAUAUCUACAGGGAUUUGAUUCUUCGUCAUCUCAUCCAGGAUAUCAGCACGACGUGUGCCAAACUUGGCCUUCCCACUGACUUCUAUCUCUGGACACCAGAGCACGGAGCUCGUUGGAUCAACGAAAUGUGCCAACAGUUCACUCUUCAACCUCCCCGAAAUUGUUUUGUCACCGGUCGUGUUCUGCUCGGAAUGAGUCAGAAAGACUUUGAAAUGUUUUUGCCGGAGGGAGGAGACACCUUGCACGCCCAGCUCCAAGUGUGGAAGACCGCCUUCGAAUCUUAUCAUCCACCAGCGACAAUGCAAAGUUCUGGAAUGACCGCUGCCGACAAUAACAUGCAAUCCAAAACUAAUUGGAUGGCCAACACCAACAAUCAAACAAAUACCAUGGCAGCUGGCGAAAACCCGGCUCACCAAUUCUUCAAUGGAAACGGUGGGUAUCCAAACAUGUCGAUGAGCGGCUUCUUCCAACAAGGAACUGUCCUGCCGUCGCCAAGCAACAGCGACACAAGCAGCAAUGGAAGCAGUCAAGACAUGAAUGACGAUGAUAUGGACAUCCACAUGAAUACUCCAAACUGUGGACUAUCCAACUUCUUCCAUCCAGGUUAUAUGAACUCUCCACUUGACUCCAUGUGCAAUGGAAGCGAGGGAGACGAUGAUGACCGUGCCUACACUCGCCACCAAGGAACUGUCCAUUUGUGGCAGUUUAUCCGCGAGCUUCUGGAUCAACCGAAGCAAUACAGCAACUGUGUCCGAUGGGUCGACAGAGACGAGGGAACGUUUAAAAUUGAAUCUUCCCUUCUGUUGGCUAGAUACUGGGGGCAACGAAAAAACCGUUCACAAAUGAAUUACGAUAAAUUGUCUAGAAGCCUUCGCCAGUACUACAAGAAAGGAAUUAUUCAAAAGCCAGAAAAGAAGCAACGUCUGGUCUACAAAUUUCUACCUCCUUACAACAUGUAG